CGCGCCAUGGCGGACGCGCAGUUGCAGGAGGCGCGCACGCUUUUCGUGAGCAGCGCCAGCAAGGAUGUCAUCGGCUGGCUCCUGGACGAGCUGCUUGGCAAAGAGGUCCUCAACGCGGAGGAAAGAGACGAGGUGUGGGAGAAGGCCAAGAAGCAGGACCAAGCGAGGACCCUGAUCGAUCUCGUGAAGAGGAAGGGCCCCAAGGCCAGCCAGCUCUUCAUCGAGGCGCUCCAACGCCGGGAUGCUCCUUUUGCCGCAAAGCUGGACUUUUCCGCCUGCCCCUCUGGAGCGCUGGUUGGCCAGCCACUCCAAGCCCCCGAUCCGAGAGCAAUUACCUUGGCAGGGAAGGAGCAGCCCUUGCAGUACAAAGAUGGGCUGGUGCUCUGUCCACGGGAGCUGUUUCAGAAGAUACAAGGCCAGGAAGGCAGUGAGAUCUACCCUAUCAAGGACCCAAAGGCGCGCACCCGCUUAGCCCUGAUCGUCUGCAACAUUGAAUUUGAGCACUGCACCAGAAGGAAUGGGGCCGAGAUCGAUCUGGCACAGAUGACGCAGCUCCUGGAAGGGUUGGACUACAAAGUGGAGGUGGAGACCAAUCUGUGCUCGCAGGGCAUGGCUGACUGUCUGAAGCACUUCGCUGCCCGGGAGGAGCACAAGGCCUCAGACAGCACCUUCGUGGUGCUCAUGUCCCACGGCCUCCGGGAUGGCCUGUGCGGCACCAAGAGCAGCGAGCAGCAUCCAGACAUCCUCCCUGUCGAUCUGGUAUUCUCCACCUUCAACAACAAGAACUGCCGGGCCCUCAGGGGAAAACCCAAAGUGAUCAUCAUCCAAGCCUGUCGAGGGGAGAAUAAGGGGUUUAUAUUUGUGGCUGAUACGGCUUCGACCAGUGCUCCAUCGCACAGGUGUGCGGUGGGGGCCCCGGAAGGGUUGGAAAAGGACACCAUUCAGAAAGUACACGUGGAGAGCGACUUCAUCUGCUUGUAUUCCACAACUCCAGAUAAUGUGUCCUGGAGAAGCCCCCAGACUGGCUCCAUCUUCAUCGUCCAGUUGGUUGAGGAGAUCAAGAAACAUGCCUGGAACUGCAACUUGGAAGAGAUUUUCCGGAAGGUCAUGUGGGCCUUCGAAAGCAAUCCCUGCCAGAUGCCCUCCAAGGACCGGACCACCUUGAGCAGGAAGUUCUACCUCUUCCCGGGCCACUGAUCUCAAACUGAACUCCGGCCGCGCCUCCAGCUGGCGUUCGGCUGCAGCAGACCAGUGAUCGUUUUUCGGAGCCUCCCCCCAGUGUUUCUCCCGGGUUUCCAGACAACGCGUUGCACCUCCACCAGCUUCUGGAAAGGGCCUUGCUGCUCCAAGUGCCGCUAUCUUCCCUCCCGUCUUCACACCCCUCCUCAAAAGAAUUGCCUUUCCGGGAGUUUUACCACGCACCUCCAGCCCCCAUGCCCUUCUUCAGCACAGCCUGCGCUUGUGUAAUUGCAAUCAGAGCAGCGACUGGCAUGCUCACUGUCUGCGGAGCUGGGGGCAGAAGCCAGUCACGCCGGACUCUCCGCUGGCUCUAGUGGGCGAGGGUGUCUUGAUGUUAUGGGGGCUUCCUGGUCGUGGCUGAUUUAAGGCAGGGACAAGUGGGACCCUAGAGCAGCUGUGGACACUGGGAGUGGCGGCGCUGGAAGGGGCCACGAAGGCCAUCGGGUGCAACCGCCUGCUUUUGCAGGACACCGAGUCACACCGUCCCACUCGGCUGGGAGUGGCAGCCAAACAGCGCUGGAGGAGACCUGGCUGGGAAGUGGCGGAUUCUGUCACAAAUGCACAAUGAGAGACACCAGCUUGGCACAGAAAUGUCAUUUUGGGACCAGACUGAUACAUUUUCCCUUGAAAAAUAUGUUUCCUCUUGAAACGUCCUGGGAAUAUAGACAGAUUUAUGUAGCUGUUAUUUUUCUCUCUUAUUCCCUCACUAUCAUAAGAUCCACACACAGGAAACUCUGCUUUGCAGCACUCCUGCUAAAAUGAUCGUUUUAAAUGGGUGCAAAUGACUAAGACCUAAAAAGGAAGAGGAUCAUGAUUUGUAUUUCUCUAAUACAAAGAGGGGAAAACCCCAAAGACUGCAGCAUGACUCCCUGGAUAGAAGAGCUUAUACAAAUUAAAAUGCCUUUGCCAGCACAGAAGGGGAAUGUCCAGCAGGCCUCUCUGGGGUUGGCCUUUCAGAACCAAGGAGCCACUGCGGAGCAAGGUCUCCAGUGAUGGUCUGAGGCGGGGAGAAGACACACGUCUUGGGCUGAGAGCAGCUUCGCUUUUGGAGCAGCAGGGUCAGGAGGGCAUGCAAGCCAUGGGCCGGCUGAAGGCAGAGGGGGCGAGGCCGAAGUGCCAGCCUGUGGUAGCUUAAAGCUGUUUCCACUGGUGGUCGAGCUGUGGAGAAGGCACACCGCUCUUCUGGAGUGCAGAAACCUCCACUCGGCAGCUGGGAAAUGAGCGAGACGUGGCCCUGAGCAGGGGUUCUGCAGCCCCGGCCACGGCGUUCAGGCAGGUUGCUGUGCGGACAGCGGCUCCUUCCAGUCUUUGAAGCUCAGCACCAGCCUUUUAAACGGGCCUGGAAAUGGACCAGGAGCCAGUGACAUAGGAGCAGGCGAGGCUGCUAGUUUUGCUCUCUCCCCGGUUUGAAUUUCUAACAUUUUGGUUGUUCCGAAUCCAGAGUACGUUGAAAGCUGGAGGGUGGGGGAGACCUGAAACGAAAUGCUUACUCCUCUGUACCAGCCAAAUUUCCACCACACCAUGUGCCUGCCCCUAUGCUGCUAAGGACGAAGGGUACACCGGGCAAAAAAUUGGGGUGCAGUCCUAUGCAGGCUUAGGCAGAAGAAAAGCUCCCGGCAUGGCGCAGCAGCUCCCAUCCCGCCCAGACAUGUAGGACAGUUCCUUGAAGCGCCAGUCAAGCUGCUCACAGCUGUGCCACGUGCCCAGCCGCCUCCAGGGAGCCAGGCUAAUGGAACCAUCGCCAGCCUGUGCAACGCAGAGGGGCUUCCAGACAUGCCUUGAAUGCCUUACAGAAUCCUCAGGAGGUCUGGGUAUCCUCACGGCCACCAUUAGUACAACCUUCACCAACCAAAUGCGACACCUCUCAUUCCCAGAGAGCAUCCUGCAUUGAGCCAUGGACAUCCCAGGCGCUCUCAUCGGGCCUGAAUCAGACCGCGUAUCCGGCUCACCGGGAAAGUCAAUGAGGGUAUGCUGGUCUCAGUCAUAGCAAUGCCUUUGUAUUCCUGGCCUUGCUGUUACUGUGGAAUUAUCCUGCAAAGCCCCCGCCCUUUUGCAGCUGAUAAAACAAUAAAGGAUGGGAACGGUAAGGCAGAACCUCAUUUUUAA